AUGCCGGAGUCAGCCCAGCGCAUUCCUUCAAGCGUUCUCGAAACUCUCAAUGGAUCCCUUUCGUUGGUUCAGCAUCAAGUGACGGCAAUGAGCUCGAGCUCUGAGGCCCUUGCGCACAAUUCGUCACCUCAGUCCUUCGCUUCUCCAACUUCAAUCUCUCCAAGCAUGUCAGCUGCACAGGUCCUGCAACAGCACCCCCCGACCCUGAAUACGGAUUUGUUUCUUCCCCAGCAAAACUUCCAGCAGCAGCUUCAACUGCAACUACAAAUCCAACAGCAACUUCGGGACUUGCAGCAAAAGCAGCUCCAACUCGACAUGUUGCAGCAAUGCAAUCUGAUCGCACCCAAGACAGAGCCCAGAGGUAUCGAUCCGUUGCUCUUGAUCCAGCAGCUCCAGGCGAAGUUGAGCAACAACGUUGCCCACGACACAAACGUCAAUCCACAACAACUUCAAUCCAACAUCGCUGGGUUGUUCUCGCAUCAACAGCACUUUGUAGGCCAGGAAGAGCCCUCCAAUGCCGACGAGGCCGUUGCUUCACUGGUGGCUCUACGGAAUCCUCAAGAUCAAUCUUCGUUGGAGCAUGAACGUGGGGCGGGAGAGGAGGCUCGCAAACGUCACAGAAUCACCACCAAGAGAGCUUGUGACUCGUGCAGACGUUCCAAAGUCAAGUGUGAAGACAUGCGGCCUUGCACGCGGUGUGUGCGGAAUGGACAAGGAGACCUGUGCUCUGGAAGCGCGACAGAUGCUGAGAUUGCGCAUGACAAGGAGGAGUCCUCGAUCAUGGAGGCAAAGAGGAACAACAGCGUUUCAAGCACCGACUCCUUAUUGCCUAUGGAUGGUUUUGAUUCUCAACUCACCGAGAUUAAGGCAAAGAGGUGUAGAGUGGCGAAGAAGAUGGCUUGCGACACGUGUAGGAGGUCCAAGGUUCGAUGCGACACGGAAAGACCUUGCUCUCGUUGCGUCGGACUUGGGCAGGAGAGCAUGUGCAUGAGCUCCCUGGGGGAGGUCAACGACAAGAAAAGCCCGACUGAUUUGAGUGCGCAUGUCAGUGAGGAGCCGAAAGUCCCAACGUUCUCGGCAGUGCUCAAUGCUGACGCGCACAAACCUUCCUCGUGGCACAAGGUUGUACAUCCUGUGCAGAUCUCAAAUCCCUUUGAGGAGGCACGUGGAAGUAUCUCUGAGGAGACGUCGAGUCAAAACACCAGCGCGGCGAGCUCUCCUCCUGAGAGCCUCACCCAGUCUGUCAACUUGCUGAGCUUCAUGCAGCCCAGCACCAGCAAGUCCUUGGACCUUUCAGCCCUCCUGGCACUCAACUCGCAGAACCAGUUGUUGAACUCGCUGACGAGCCCUCUCUCCCUCGGACUGCUUGCAAACAACACCUCAGUCCUGGGCGGGCUCCGGCCUUCUGUUCAAUUUCCAGCUCGUGACUACUCGGAGCCUUGCUGGGACCUUUCAGCUGCAAGGCUGACGGGCAUGCCCUUGUUACAGGGAGUUGUCAUGGGACGGUAA